AUGGCGUUUGCAGCAGUCAAUUCGGCCGGGGCUCCGAUCACCGAGAUCGAGGAGGCUUUUGCGACCGAACCCUCUCUAAAGCAAAGAGUCUACGAUGCGAUCGACCACAACCCUGUCGCCCACCCACUGACCGUCAUCGAUCUCGAUCAUUUAGGCUCUACACCUUACCACGAACCUUUAUUUAAGGACCUCGCGCGAUACACCUCUUCCCUGCUGGCCAGGGCUGCCAAUACUACAUCCCUCCCGUUCGUUCCGCCGCCCAGCAAUGGCCCUGCCGCGAAGAAGCGCAAAAUAGAGAAUGGACAGCCGCCAGUGACUGUACAAUCAUCUGCAGACUUGAAAGACCCCAGCGCACCAGUUCAAUUCUAUGUUCAGGAUGUGUCGUUCGCUAUACCUCAACGCAAGAAGCUCAUGCUCGAGAUAACCGCGAGUGGCGGCCUUCGUGCAAGGAACCAGGCUACGAAACAGAUUGAAUUUGGUGUCCCCAUGGACCGAAUCCGUCAUGCCUUGUGCCUCCCUGUGCCAGAGAAGACUCAAAAACAGUUCAACUUUUGUAUCAUUCCUGAGUACGCCGAUGGAAUCACACCACCACCCGAGGGCGUGCCUGGCUUAGAUUGUAUGGUUUUCACAGUGGCUGAUGGCCCAGCCAAGGCUGCGUUUACUGGAUUGGGACAGCAGAUCGGUCACAACGAGGGCGAGACUGCGGAAGCUCUGAUCCGGAAGCUGCUGAAUGAUACCAUGCCAAACACGAAUGUCGUGCGGCCCGAUGAGAGACAGUUUGUGAGCGCUAUGCCCGAGGCCCACCGCAAGGGUGAGAAGGCCUAUCAUGUCAAAGCCUUCCGGGGCAGUAAAGAAGGUUACCUUUUUUUCCUGUCAACCGGAAUUCUGUUUGCUUUCAAGAAGCCCCUUUUGUUCUUCUCCUUUGACACCAUCGAAUCCGUUUCAUAUACAUCUGUUCUUCAACGGACAUUCAACCUCAACUUUUUAGCCCGUCCGCGCAACGGCUCUGAAGAAGAUCAGAUGGAAAUCGAAUUCCAGAUGAUUGACCAGGCUGACUUUAGUGGGAUCGAUACCUACAUCAAACGACAUGGUCUACAAGACGCAAGUUUAGCUGAGGCCCGGCGUGCGAAGGUAUAUAAUGUUAAUACUGGCAAGAACCAGGAUGGAGCUGCCGAGGCUGGCGGUGAAGAAGAGGAAAGCGAGCUUCAAAAAGCCCAACGAGAGCUUGAAGACGAGGAGGAAGAGGACGAGGAAGAUUAUGACCCGGGAACUGAUGGUGACAGUGAAGGAAGUGGCUCCAGCGAUGAUGAUGAUGAUGAUGACAGCGAUGAUGACGAUGAGGAUGAGGAAGACGCGGAGGAAGAGGAAGAUGCCGCCGAUCAAGAUGGAGAUGGCGAUGAGGAUCUCAUUAACCAGAAACUUGGCAAUGAGGCCUAA